ACAGCCCUUCUUUCGGGCUCAGAUCCACACCGGGAAUAUUUCACACGGCACAGCUGCUUCAUACUGUAUCUCCCUCUUGGGCUCCAGUACAGAAAGAUUCCUCGGACUAAUGCAAUAACUGAAAAACAAUGGAUAAACGCAACUGCACAGCUACGAUAUAUACACUUUUUUGCAUUUCACAUUCAUUGACGAGUAAGUAGGAUCUUUUUCUUUUCAUUUUGCACAGAAACCUUUUGCUGGAUUAUGUUUGCGUGAAAUCAGACGGUACGGUCAUUUCACUUUCGGCUACUGUAGUUUGUAAGAAUGAGCGUUCAGUGGAUUAAUAAUCCGCUACCGGGAAGACACGGACACAAGCGCUUUGACACUGACGAGCCCGUGAGCAGAUGUCCGCGGCUCAGCGAGUCUUCGGCGGAUGCGGGUCUCCUGGGUUCCUCACCGGGAUCUCCGGUUAGCGGAGCGCCUCUGAGCGUCACCUCUGCUCACCAGGGUCCCGCUCGCAUCGGCCAGUUCCUGCUGGUGCCUCUUACCGACCGACCAGGGGUGCAGAGCGCUUUAGAUAUGGACACAGGAGAGGAACUGCUCUGCAAGGUGUUUGAUAUGGGCCAAUACCAGGAGAAAAUAAGAGCCUACAGCAUGCUGUCAAAUCAUAAAAACAUUGCACAGAUCAAAGACAUAGUUCUUGGGGAGAGCAAAGCCUAUGUGUUUCAAGAGAAGGAUUUUGGCGACAUGCACACGUUUGUAAAGAGCAGCAAGAGGCUUUCUGAAGACUUGGCAUCCAAGCUUUUCUACCAGGUUGUAUCUGCAGUGAAUCAUUGCCACCAGGUCGGCAUCAUUUUGGGAGACCUCAAGCUCCGCAAGUUUGUGUUCACGGAUGAGAAAAGGACUAAUUUGAAAUUGGAGGGUCUGGAGGACUGCCAUGUUCUGUGCGGAGAGGACGACUCUAUGUUCGACACGCACGGCUGCCCUGCGUACGUGAGCCCUGAGAUACUGAACGGUGGAGGUUGCUACUCGGGCAAGCAAGCAGACGUGUGGAGCCUCGGUGUAAUGCUGUACACAAUGCUGGUGGGCCGAUAUCCUUUCCACGAUCAAGACCCCGCAAGCCUAUUCUCUAAGAUUCGACGAGGCACAUACUGCCUCCCGGAUGGAAUGUCUUUAACAGCGCGCUGCUUGCUUCGCAGUCUCCUUAGAAAAGACCCUGGUGAAAGACUGACCGCCGCCGAAGUCCUCAUUCACCCAUGGUUCAACGGCAACAUUCAGGACAGCCGAAAUCCAGAACAGGAGGUGAACCUCAGAGAACAGACAGUGCCCCAGAUAGAAAUGGAGCAGGACGAGGAUCUGUUCUCCUGAGGAAAGCAAUACACAGUAGCUUGAAUGUGGACCAAAUAUGGUGUUUUGUUUUCUUAUACAGAUUUUGUAAUAGAUUCAGAAGUAUAUGCUCACUCGAAGUACUGUAUCAUCCGUGUCGGGUUUAAGGACUGUGUAUUAUGAAGUCUUUUGGUGCUAGUGAACCGUUCUCGUGCUGUGUGAAGUGAAUGAGACUGGGCAUUAUGGGUCAGGUAAUAAUAAUAAUAAUAAUAAUAAUAAUGAGUAGGUAAUGGUGACUAACCUCAGCCUAUGGGCCAGAUCUGUUCCAACUCUUACUGUAUAAACUAAACGUGCAGGUUGACUCAUCACUGAAUUAUGCAGUACAAAAGGUCUCUUUUGAUAGGAGAUUGGGGGGUUUAACAAAUGUUUUCAACUAAAAACCAAAAACUUUGUAUGCAUUUUGGCAGUUUAUUUACAGAAUAACAGCAUUUUGACCUGAAUUUAAUGGGUUUCAAAGUGUACUUUUUUUUGUCAUGCGCAUUAUUUAUUCAGUCUACAGGCAUGCGCGAUUACUUGACAACCAAAACAACAAUGGUGGACGACAGGGGUCUGUUCUUUGUACCUCACCUCAAAUGAUUUGACAGAUCCUGGAUCUUUUAAUCUUGAUAACUGAUAUCUGGCUAAUUCUGUUCUUCAAAAAAGUUCACGAAUCAGAUUAAAAUACCUGGAUGAACUGAACUGAGAUCGCUGCGUGUGUUGUGAAGGACAGAUCUAUCGAUUCUCGAAAUUAUGAUCAGAAAUGACAUCAUCUGAUUAAUUUUCAAUUAUCCAUGUGAGCAAAAUUACAUAAAAUUCGUAGUAAACAGUUUGUUAAAUAUGAUGCGCAAUUACUUUCUACCUCUGUUGUGGGUUGCAGGCUUUACACUUUCAUGUGUCAAGUCCAUUUUAAUAAAUGUUCUCUUUGAAGCCCCUGGGAAGAACCACCCCGUGACAGUCUUUGUACUUUUAUUUCGGAGUGCAGAUUGCGUACGUUUUAUUAAUAUUUUUUUACUUAUUUUACUUAUACUACAUUAGUGUGUAUAUAUAGUUUUAUGAGUAAGAAAAUUCGAUACAUACUUCCAGUAUUACCUUUGCUUGAAAUGACCCGAUCUAAUCCUGUUUAUAUGAAAUAAGCCUGCUCCCGAGUUUGAGCUACCAAAAUUGUUGCUCUAACUCUCAGAUGUUGCUCUAACUCUCAGAUGAGUUUUGAAGAAUGAAAUGAUCAUGGAUCGUGUCAAAUCGUCAAUAACCAAAUCCAGCUAAUUGAGUAAUCCACAUACGAAGAACAACCCCAGGGAUGUAUGUGCACAUGUGCGUAGUGUUUCCUUACAAAGUGACCGCCAUCUACUGGCCAUGUUAAGUUAUUUCCAUGAACGGUUGUAUCCGAAGCAUUGAAAAAUGCAAAGAAACAUUUUAGUACAUGAUUGUUAUGUAAAUGUAGCCCUGGACACAAUUAUAUGGAGGAGUAGAAGUGCCACCUAAUCAUAUAAUAACGAAGCAAAUAUCAAACAGAUAUAUUUGAACAUUUAUAUAUAUUUUUAAUUUAUAAAUAUAGUUAAAUGUAAAAAUAAAUGUUUUAAAUGCAGAUGGUUAAAAAAAAAAACGCUGCAUUCUAAGUCCAUGAAGACUUAUUAUAUAGUGAUAUUAAACUGAUAUUACACUGUCCAAAAACAAACAAAAACAAUCUAUAUAUGCUUAAUAUUUUCAUUUAUUUACAUAUAAAAUCAAAUCUUAAUAGGACAUGUGAGAAUUGGAAGGAUAUGUAACACUAAUUGAAAUAAACACUAGAAAAUAUGUCUAUAAUUGUCCAUUUUAAAAAUGUAUUCAUGUAUAUAGCCUGCUGAAUAAUUUUAGGUGGCACUUCCUCCUACACACUAUAAGCUGUUUUAAAUCAAUGAUACUGUUUGUUAUCCCCACUUGCACCUCUCAGAAUUGCCAAAUCGUACAGAAGUGCCGGUCAAAGGUUAAAUGUUAGUUAUGGACCUUUAAGACUAAUCCACAAUAAAGAGGUUACCAGUAGAAACAUACUCUUUAAUAAAGCUGAUUUACAGUAAAUGUUCAGGACGACCCUCAGGAAAGUCACAGACAGAUACAAAGUGUUCUUUCAUCCUGCUGUUUCCCAAUCUUUCUAGUCUUCUAGUCACAGUUUCCUUACUUGAAUCCAAGGGAUCCUCAUAAAAGCAUGAGGUUUCAGUAUGGUUGGUUCUGCAGGUAAGAUAAAAGAUGACUCAAGAGCUGGGCAUUGGUGUAAUGAAGAGGAAAGGGCUAUAAACCCAGAUGAAUGUGCUCAGUAUAUAUAUAAAUAAAAAGAGAACUAUAUGACAAUAGCACUAUUGUAAGGGUAGAGUGUCCUAUAAAGGGCUCCUCGUUUUGGAAGUUGGAUGUUACCUCUGAAUCGCAGGCAUAAUGGCAAUCCGUAUUCUGAAAGGCUCUUUAUAAGCAAAGGCUAGAGGGUAUGCAAAAUGUCUGUCUCAUGCAUGCAGCACAUGGGGGAAAGCUGACACGAGUGCACAGAGUUCAUAUUGCACUGUGAAUUAUGUAUUUGUGACACAAACCUUAAGGCACGACCGUGAGGCUUUAGUGGUUAAAAUUCGUUGUACAAAUGAGCAUGUGUAAAUAUGUACAUUUUAAGUGUGUGAACAGAAGUGAAUAAAGAUAACUCUUUCUUAUUUACAUAA